AUGCCGGGCCUCGAACUCUUCAGCACCAUCAACUCCGCCGUCCUCGGCAGCUCCGCCAACGAGCCCUCCACGCACACGCCCACCAGCGAGCUGAACUCGCCCAUCCUCUCGCCCGUCGAGGAGACAGCGGCCCCGGUCAUGGGCCUCGCCGGCCCGAACCCGUACUACAACGCCCGCCUGGACCCCAAGAACUUCCUCGAGGGCGAGCUCUCCUGGAACCCCGCGACGCGCCUCCGGCAGAUGCUCGCCCGUCCCGGCAUCGUCGUUGCGCCCGGGAUCUGCGACGGCAUCAGCGCACGCUGCGCGCUCGAGGCCGGCUUCGACUGCAUGUACCAGAGUGGGGCCGCGACCACGGCAUCCCGCCUCGGCCAGCCCGACCUCGCGAUCGCGACCCUGAACGACUUCGUCCAGAGCGCGCAGAUGGUCUGCAGCCUCGACCCGACCGUCCCCGUCAUCGCGGACGCCGACACCGGGUUCGGCGGGCCCGCGAUGGUCGCGCGCACGGUGACGCAGUACGCGCGCGCGGGCGUCGCCGCGAUGCACAUCGAGGACCAGGUGCAGACGAAGCGCUGCGGGCACCUGCUCGGGAAGCAGGUCGUCUCCCGCGAGGAGUUCGUGACGCGGGUGCGCGCCGCCGUCGCCGCGCGCGACGCGAUCCCAGGCGGGUCCGACUUCGUCGUCAUCGGCCGCACGGACUCGGCGCAGGUGCUCGGGAUGGACGAGGCCAUCUUCCGCCUGAAGCUCGCCGCGGACGCCGGCGCGGACGUGUGCUUCAUCGAGGGCGUGCGCACCGCGGAUCUGCUCACGAGCACGAUCGAGGCGCUCGCGCCCAAGCCGGUGCUCGUCAACGUCAUCUCGGGCGGGCUCACGCCGUCGUUCACCACCCGCGAGGCGGAGGCGCUCGGGGCGAAGAUCAUCAUCUUCUCGCUCGUGAGCUGCGUCGCGGCCGUGCACGGGAUCCGCGCGGCGAUGGCGUCGCUGAAGAAGACGGGCACGGACCACUCGAGCGCGCAGGGGAUGGACCCCAAGGCCUUCUUCCAGGUCAUGGGCCUCGACGCGGUCGUCAAGUUCGACGCAGAAGCGGGCGGCAAGGCCUUCGAGGUCAUCUAA